AUUUAGUCUCCAUAGUUGCCUCAUAGAAAUCAAGGGUAAUAUGUGAAAGUUGAUUCACAUCAAGCAUGUUUUUACACACAUACCUGUUGCUUACGUGACAAGCGCGAAGCAGAAGAGAAAGUUCAUUCUUAAUUAGCUAGUAUAAGCGAAGAUGUCCAAGUAUAAGUUCGUUUUAAAUCUGCUCAGAAAUGAUUAUCCUAUUAAAGAUUUAUAUCACAAUAAAUACAGUGUGUUCAUGGUACAGAGGAAUAUCCAUUCUUCUAGAGAAAGAAAUAUUUGUGUACAUAAAUCCUGCAUGUUUGCUGCAAAACCGAUAAUAAGUCAAAAACCAGAUUGGAAUAAAGCUGUUUCUGAAGCUGAGAAAAUUGUGGGAUAUCCAACAUCUUUUUUAAGUUUACGAUGGUUACUCAGUGAUGAAAUUGCCAAUGUGGCUUUACACUUAAGAAAAUUAGUUGGAUCUAAUCAUCCAUUGUUAAAAACAGCCAAAAGUUUGAUAUAUAAUGGCCGUAAUAAUAUGCAAGCUUGGGGUUUAAUUGUAUUAUUAAUAUCUAAAGCUGCUGGUCAUUUAAAUGUAGAUGAUAUGGAAGAAGAUAAAGCUGCUGGUGUUUUACAUAGUCAACGGGCGUUAGCAGAAGUUACCGAAAUGAUACGUACAAGUCAUCUUAUACAUAAAGGUCUUGUAAAUAUAACUCCUGGUAUAUAUCCAGAAACAACUGAAUUACAUGACAUGACAUUUGGUAAUAAAAUUGCUUUAUUAAGUGGUGAUUACUUGCUGAGUAACAGUUGUACUGAAUUGGCAAAUCUUAGAAAUCAAGAUCUUGUUGAAUUGAUGUCAACUGUUGUAAAAGAUUUGACUGAAGCAGAAUUCAUUGGACGACGAGAUAACCAGAACAAUCCAUUACCAUGUAUACCUCCACCAAAUCGUAAAGGCUAUGCUGUAAAAGAAUGGACAUUAAGAAAUGUAUUAAGUGCUGGUACUUUACUUGGAAAAUCUUGUAAAGGUACCUUAAAAUUAGCUGGUCAUAAUGAUGAUAUACAAGAACAGGGCUAUGAAUUUGGAAAACAUUUAGCAUUAGCUUGGCAAGCAUAUUUGGAUCUAGGGCUUUUUAUUAAUAAAGAGUCAGCUAUGUCUUUCAAUUUAUGUUCUGCACCCAUUAUGUUUCAUAUAGAACAUGACCCAUCUAUUUUAACAGAAAUAGAUAAAGGUUUAGAAUCUGUAGAUAACGUGGAUUAUGCAAAAGUAUACAAUAUCGUAAGUCAAGGGCCUGGCAUCGAACUUACAAAACAGUUACAGAAAAAACACUCACAAAAAGCGACAGAAGUUCUUAGCAUAUUUCAAGAAAGUGAUGCUAGAACAGCAUUAUAUAAUAUCAUAGCAGCAAUGGGAGAUUUUUAAAUUAAAGUUCAAAGUUAAUGAACUGAUGUGUGUAAUUUUGUCAAAGAUUGCCCAAUGUCAGUUCAUACACCGUCCACUUUUCAGUUUUUAAAUUAAUAUUUGAAGCUGAACAAUAUACUUACAUGUAUUGGACUAUUUGUAUAUACAAUACAUAAAUCAUGGGUACAUUAUAUUUAUAUAUAUAUUUGUGAAUGAUAUAUAAAAUUUAUAUGUAUAUUUUUAAAAGAAUCGAAUAAUUCUAUUCAUAUCCCUCUUAAAUCUGUAUAAUGCGAAUUGCAAAUAUGUUAAUAUUUUUUCUUUAGACGAACAUAUUAACUUUUUCCUGUCAAUGUCCGGGGUAUUUGGGAUAAGUCACUCUUUUAUCGUUACAUCGUAUACAAGAAUAUUUCCAUCAAGAGUGUUGUGCGGCUGUUGUUUAGGAAAUAAAUUCAAUGUAGCUUAUAUUAUUGUACUACAUACACAUCUUUAUUUAUAUCCCAUAUGCUGUGUAUAUGUGAUAUAAACAAAAAUGCGGGAGAGAGAGAGAGAGAGAGAGAGAGAGAAAGAACAUCAAAUCGUAAAUCUGUAGAAUUUACGUUUUCCCACGUAGUCAUUGAUCGAACAUAUGUCACUCAUUAUACAAACGAAAAUAAUUCCGAUUAACGCAACACCAAUGUUUAUAACUAUCACUACGGGAAAAAGUUAAACUAUAGAAAUUUAUAAUGAUAAAUCGUUUAAAAAUGACACAAAGUAUCCAGGAAUGCUACACGAGGAUUAUAAAUAUGUUGUGUAAAUGAAUAUCUGGGUAUUAUAUUAGAUUCUGUCGAGUUUAAAUCGAUUUAUUCAUAAAAAUACGAAUUUCAUUUUGAAUCUCGUCAUCUACAUCACAUAACAAUUUUUUGCGUAAUUGUAUACAAUAGAUAGUCGUAUCGUGUGCAAUCAACUCAAUCAACAAGAAAAUAAAACAAAAAGAAAAACACUGGCAUAGAUUCAAAGAGUCUACCGAAUAUGUAAUUACUCUUAUAAAACCAUCUUUGCAAUCAUUAUUAUUUAACUGAAACAAUAUGCACAUUUAAAAACGAUCGACAGUACAAAAAUACAACUCAUAUUAACAGAUCAACAUACCCUGUUAACAUGCUACAACGAAUGCAUUUAUUUCACAAUUUCAAGACAAAUCUUUUAUGAUUAAUAUAAUAAUAGAACCAUCGUAACGGAAAUUAUCAAAAAGCAUUCGUAUUAAUAAUAAUAUAAAUGAAAAGACAGUCGAUACGUAUUUAACCAUAACUAACUAGGCAUAAGAAUAUAUUUUUGCUACUACACUUCUUACUCAUUCGUUCAUAUUCACAUUCUUAAUAUCUACUUUUGCAGCAAUAGUAGCAAGUUUUGAUUAUAUCCAUAAACCCGCAAAAAUGAGCGCAAUAUGUCGUGCGUUUCUCUUGGGUUCAUAUGCGGUAACUAUUAAUAAAAAAUACCUUAUUCGAAGAACUAAUAAGGCAGUAUGGUAAUAUGGCUAGAUUUGCCUUAAAUUAGGCUUCUCUCAUUUCCGUUCUUGUUAAUAUUCCACACUAAAUAUAACAGCGUAUAUUUCAUUCACUGCACGAUAUGCGAAUUCUUUAUAUUUUUCGUAGAUCUCAUGGGAACUACGCGUGAAAUCGUGAUUAGGAACGUACCGCACAAAAUAACAAGAGAAAAUUCAUCGCAUUAGACCGAUCGUAGUGUAUCGAAAUCAGUAAUAAUAAGGAAUAAUUUGUUGAUGUCAUCGAAAAAUAUACACCUGUAACAACAAACAGUGAUAAGCACCUUCGACACGUAGAAU